AUGAGCUGGAGUCGCUUGAUCAGAUUCCUUGAUGACGAAGACCAGGUCUGUCUUGGUGAUGCAGCUGCAAACUCUGCCCAAGACUUUACGAGUCUGUUGGAAUCUGGGAAUCUCGCCGCUGAACAACUAGCUGGUACCGACAUAUUUAACGCAAAGCCGACGGGCGAGAUAGUCCACGUCAAAUCGCUCCUGGGACCUCUGACCCCUCAAGAUGUCCCCAUAAUACGCUGUGUUGGUUUGAAUUACGCAAAGCAUAUCAAAGAAACAGGGAGGGCUCCACCCCCAUAUCCCUCCAUCUUUAUAAAGCCAUCCCGCUCAGUCACAGGUUGGAAUGAUGAUAUUCCUAUCCCCAAGAUCGCACAGAAAGAUCAACUUGACUAUGAAGGUGAACUGGCUAUCGUGAUAGGGAGGAAAGGGAAGGAUAUCUCGGCUGAAGAUGCAUUGAGCUAUGUGGCUGGGUACACCGUUGCGAACGAUGUCUCAGCGCGUACAUGGCAGAGGGAUCCCAAGUUUGCAGGGGAGGUACCGCAGUGGUGCUUCUCCAAAGGCUUCGACUCCUUUGCUCCUCUGGGUCCCGUACUUGUAUCUCCAAGUGUUCUCGGAGCAGCGGACGACCUCAUUCUGCAGAGCAAGGUGAAUGGGGAGGUCCGGCAGGAGGCGAGUACUAGUGAUCUGGUGUUUGGCGUGAAGAACAUCAUUGCGUUUGUCAGUCAAGGUACUACACUUGAAAAGGGCGCGGUGAUCCUGACUGGCACACCGGGAGGAGUGGCUCUGGGAAUGAAACCGCCCAAAUGGUUGAAAGAUGGAGAUACUGUAGAAGUGUCUAUCAGUGGGAUUGGAACUAUACGCAACCAGAUGGUUUUCCAGUGA